ACCAUAAUUCAUUUUCAUCAUCAUUUUAAUUAGACCCAAAUCCAAAUCGUUUCUUCUACCUCAAAAUAAAAAAUAAUCACUCUCAAUUUUGGUUCCGCUGCCCUAAUUUCGAUCCAAAAAACUUCCGAUCGCAUAAACCCCAAAUCUCCGAGUUUCUUCUUCCCAGCGGCGGCAUUGUCCUGAGAUCGUGGAUCUUUAAUCAGGGAUCAAUAAUCCCAUAUCGAUUUCCUGUAGUUUUGCCCAUACCCAGUUUAGUCGUACUGGGUCGACAGAUGCGACUGCAGUUGGGCAAUUUGUAGCUACUGAAAUUUGGAAAUCCUAAUUUGAAUGCUAAUUUUGGUGUAGGAUGAGCUUAGCUUACACAAGUUAGGAUUCUGGGUGCUUUCGGUACCGUACUUAGUGGGAUUGUUAAAAUGGCAUCGGAGGAUGUGAAUUCGAUUACGUAUAGGGGGAUGUCAGCGGACAACAUCAAAGGAUUGGUGUUGGCUUUGUCCUCCAGUUUCUUCAUUGGCUCAAGUUUCAUUAUUAAGAAGAAGGGAUUAAAGAAAGCUGGUGCUUCAGGCACCAGGGCCGCUGUUGGUGGAUAUUCGUAUCUAGUUGAACCAUUAUGGUGGGCAGGCAUGAUAUCAAUGAUUGUGGGUGAAAUUGCAAAUUUUGCUGCUUAUGCAUUUGCACCAGCUAUUCUCGUUACACCUCUUGGUGCACUCAGCAUCAUUAUCAGUGCUGUACUUGCACAUAUUAUUUUACGGGAGAGGUUGCACAUUUUUGGUAUUCUUGGCUGUGCUUUAUGUGUUGUGGGCUCUACCACAAUUGUUCUACAUGCUCCAAGGGAACGUGAGAUUGAAUCAGUUCUUGAAGUAUGGGAACUUGCUACUGAGCCAGCUUUUGUCUGUUACGCAGUUCUGGUGAUAGCAAUCGUCCUUGUACUAAUUUUCCAGUAUGUCCCACAAUAUGGCCAAACGCACAUAUGGUAUUACGUUGGUGUCUGUUCAUUAGUUGGUUCCUUGUCGGUCAUGAGUGUCAAAGCACUCGGAAUUGCAUUGAAGCUGACAUUUUCAGGAAUGAACCAAUUAAUAUAUCCCCAGACAUGGGCAUUUGCAUUGGUUGUCUUGGUUUGCAUCCUCACUCAGAUGAAUUACCUAAAUAAGGCCCUCGACACAUUCAACACUGCUGUGGUUUCGCCCAUUUACUAUGUCAUGUUCACAUCACUAACCAUCGUUGCUAGUGUGAUCAUGUUCAAGGACUGGGACAGGCAGAAUCCAACCCAGAUUGUCACAGAAAUUUGCGGGUUUGUGACUAUUCUUUCUGGGACCUUUCUUCUUCACAAGACAAAAGAUAUGGCCGAUGGUUCUGCAUCAAUGAGACUCCCAAAACACUCAAAUGAAGAUGGAUUUGGAGAUGAAGGCAUCCCACUAAGGCGGCAAGAUUCAAUAAGAUCUCCAAGAGUAUCGUGAUACAAUAUUUUUCUUUGAUGAUUAUUACUCGUAACUUACUUCGGAGCUCUCCCCUGAGAAAUGAUGCCACAGUUAUUAUCUUGUAUUUUAUCAGAUGGGAUUCCCCUUUCUACUCAACCUUUCAAGGUGUAACUAACUGCACGACUACUAUUCUUGAAUGUACAGGGUUUAUGCUCUGAACCUCAUGGCCAAGAAAAUAUCACACAGUGCAUUUGUUGA